AUGUCAAAUCUAUUCUGCUGCACAACCAUCCAACCAACCAACCACCCAAACCCCGAACAUGAGCAAACAUUCACCGACUUCACAAAAUGGGCCUUAACAAUAAUCGGUAAUCUAACAGGAUCCGCCGAUCCCGCCGAAGCAAGCGUCUGCAUCCAGCUCGUGCGGCAGAUCAACAGCGGUCCGAUAGAAUCUAUUCGGUAUUUCGUUGGAAGUGAUAAACACGGGAAUUUUGAAGAAGUCGCUGAAGAUGGGAGUCCGGAUGCGAAUUUUGUGAAGAUGAAUGAAUGCAAAACCUUCCGAUGCUCCCAGCACGACCGAAUCUUCGAUCUAAAUCUCUACGAACCAAGUACGGGGAGUACCCGUCAUUGGCGAUCAAGGAUCGCUAAACCGCUUAAGCAGAUUGAGAACGCACUGAAGAAUAAACUGUCAGGAUCGAGAUCUAGUAUGAGACCUAUGCUGGGAUCAAUGGGGUCUCGCGGGGGACAGAGAACUGGCGCGAGUUAUGGGUAUGGAUCUGGGAUGGGAUAUGGAUCUGGAUGGGGAUCGCAUUUGGGAGCUGGGUGUGGACGGAAUUGGGGGACUGGAACUGGGGGAGCGACUGUUUUUGUGCCGGGUUCGACGACGACCACGACUACGGUUGUGACUGGGACUGGGUGUAAUGAUUGUGAUGGUGGAAUAAACCGGAAGCAAGACCACGAGCACAGUCAUGACCAGGACCAGGACCAGGAGCAUGAGCAUGAGCAUGAGCAUGAUCAAAACCAAGGCCAAGAUCCUGAGAUAUAUCUGUCCGAGACUGAACAUACCGAUAAAGACAACGGAGACCAACCUGUUCCUUCUUCGCCUGCACUCAGUACUGAGGUAGCCCAAGAUGACGCAGGGUCAUACUCGCCUCAUUUUGAGACCCAGGCUACUUUCCAUGAUGAUGGUACGAGCCAGAGCUACUUGCACACUGAGGACUAUGGCAGUUAUUAUCCCGGGGUAUCUUCUGAUGAUUAUGGCAGCUAUGACUGCGGUGGAGGGAACAAUGACGUGUACGAUUAUGGAGAUUGUGGUGGUUUUGACGAUUGA